AUCCAGAAACUAUAUCUGAACCUUGGGCAGGAGAGUUACUUUAGGGGUGACCCUGGCCCAGGACUGUAGAAGACAGACAGACAACUCUUAAACCCCACCACAGGACUACAGAGGACCGUUGCCUGUCACACCCACCACCAGACCCAGCCAGAUUCCACCUUCAGAGACUUUGGCCUCCCUAACAGACUGACCUGCCCUCCCAAGCAAGGUGUGAGGACCCUCAUCCUUCCUGUCUCCACACACUCCCAUUCUUCUUCUCCUCUCCUGCCACACCUCUCRGGGCAGAAUGGACCGGUCUGUGCAGGAGCUGUUUCUGAACUUCACAGUAGUCUUGAUAACUGUGCUGCUCAUGUGGAUCCUAGUCAAGACCUACCAGGCCUGAACCACCAGGGGACAGAUACAGGGGGAUCGAGAUGAAGGGCUGAGAAAUGGGGGGAACUGGGUGGUACAUUCCAAUCCAGUUACUGCAGUUGCAAACAAUCUUGAAAGCUUAUUGGGCGACAGGUAGCCUAGUGGUUAGAGAAGUGGGCCAGCAGCCCGGGUUGCUGGCAUCAUCCUGCUGUUGUGCCCUUGAGCGAGGCACUUGACCCCCUACAAUUUCUCUGCGGCUGAUCCAUGCGUCUGACCAAUUGCUUCCAGUCCCUUAUGUGUGUGUUUGUCUCAGGGGUUUGGGGUGUGAGCAUAAAGACACAUUUCCAUUAACGGACAAUAUAGUGAACGGACAAUAAAGUGAACGGACAAUAAAGUACAAUACAUCUUAUAUUAUCUUAACUCUGCAACAUAGCAGUUGUACGUGGUCCCUGACAAAUGGGACCAUGUGAAUACAAGAAUGUGUACAAGAAUACAAGAAAUUGAAAGGUAUAGAUAUAUAUAGAUAUAGAUAUAGCUCCACUGCUUCAGCUGUCUGCUAAGAAAGACAUGCAGUUCCUCACUCCUGCCUCUUAGAGGGACUGUUGUGUUAGAGAUGAGUUCGCAAGCAUU